ACUGACGACUGGGCUGUUUGUUUUGAUUAUAGUUUAAUGACGAAUGAAAGAUUAGUGCGCACAAAAACAUCGUAAAAAACUGUUUUGAUUAUUAUUUAUUGUUUACAAAUGCAGAAAAUGUUUUAAUCAAUCCUAUCUUAAAUCCAAUCUUCAUGAUUCAAUAUUCUGUCGUAAGUACUAGAUUGUUUGAGGCUUCUAACAAGCCGUAGGUGAGGAAAACGAUUCUAGAGUGUCGCUUGGACCGAGAAAACAAUUGCGCAUUUAGCGAUUUUCACCAGGCGAUGAGAAAAUGGCAACUCUGCUAGAAAAUACAAAAGGGAUGACAGAUACCGAAACUCAUCUGUUGUCUUUUAGCCUCGACAAUUUGGAGAUCGACCCCACCAGGCCUCACAAGUAUCCUGGAAAUAUUGUGGAAAAAGACAAUGACAGUAAAGAACCAUAUCCAACUGGUUGUGUAAUAUGCCGUUGUAUGAAUACAAAAUCUCUAACCUGUGCAUAUCCUCAAAAACAAAAUACUGAAUUGCCAUCAAAAGAUUGCAUACUAAGGCCUCCUAAGUUAAACAGAGUAGAGAGAUGUAAGCAACAAUAUGCAGCUGCAUCUCCUGUACCUGUCAAUCGAAGGUUUAACCGUAAACAAUUAAAUCGAAAAUGGUCAACUGAUGAUGAAUUUUUAUCAGAGUUAACACUAAACAAUAACAACAAUAGUAAUGAAUGUACUAAUGUCAUACCAUGCACUGAUGAUGUAACAAUUGAUGAGUUGGCCAGUUAUUUUGAAGAUCUAGUACACAUUCCUAAAAAAAUGUCUGACAUGGCUGAACUGAUGUAUAAUUAAACAUAUACAUAUAUUAUGGAUCAUUUAUUGUUAUUCUGUUUGUUUGUCGUUUAGGUAAAACUUUUACUAAAAAAAAAAAA